AUGGCCCGAUCCACUAUUGUCCAAGAAUACGGCGCGCCACCGAUUCCAAAUCAGACAUUGGCCCUUGACGCCAAAACUGCAAACGAAGUCGAACAUGACAUCGUCAAACGGCCCAAGGGCUACCGUGUAUCAUGGCACGCUAAUCCUGCUGUUGAACCGCACCACUUCGGCUCUAAUCACCCCAUGAAGCCAUGGCGACUCACUCUCACAAAGCAACUCGUUUUGGCCUACGGCAUGCACCACGCGAUGGACUUGUAUCUGUCCCGGUCGGCGACGUACGAGGAAAUGGCGGAGUUCCAUAGUACGGACUACCUCGAGUUUCUCACCCAAGUGAUGCCUGCAGACAUGGAGUCAACGGCCCAAGUCGAGACCCUCGCCCGUUUCAACUUUGGCGACGACUGCCCGGUCUUCGAUGGACUCUAUAACUAUUGCUCGCUAUACGCCGGUGCAACCCUAGAUGCAGCGCGUAAACUUUGCAAUAAUCAAUCUGAAAUCGCUAUAAAUUGGUCUGGUGGCUUGCACCACGCUAAGAAGUCCGAAGCCAGUGGUUUCUGCUACGUUAACGAUAUCGUUCUUGGAAUCCUCCAGUUACUCCGAAUCCACCCGCGGGUGAUGUAUAUCGACAUCGAUGUGCAUCAUGGCGAUGGAGUCGAACAAGCGUUCUGGUCUACAGACCGUGUCCUCACGGUUUCUUUCCACAAAUACGAUAAGGAAAACUUCUUCCCCGGCACCGGACCUUUAGACAGCACUGGCCCCUCACAUCCGCUCAACCCCGGCGCUCAUCACUCCCUGAAUGUCCCUUUAAAUGACGGCAUCGAAGACAACGAUUACAUUGCCCUCUUCAAAGCCAUUAUCGGACCCUGCAUCCGCACCUACCAACCCGGCGCAAUCGUCCUCCAAUGUGGUGCCGACAGUCUUGGCUGCGAUCGCCUCGGUUGCUUCAACCUUAACAUCCGCGCACACGGCGCCUGCGUCGCAUACACCAAAACCUUCGGUCUACCCACCCUCGUCGUCGGCGGAGGUGGCUACACCCCUCGCAACGUCUCGCGGCUCUGGGCUUACGAAACAGCCAUCUGCCUCGAAGCCGAAAGCGACCUCAACCCCGUUCUUCCGGACUCCCUAAAGUUCCGCAAUCACUUCCGUCCCGAUUGCACAUUAUUUCCGCCUUUGUCGGAAAUGCGGAAAGUUGAGAAUAAAAAUUCUAAAGCGUACCUGGACUCGUUGGUGCAGAGUACAAUGGAGCAAUUGAGAUACAUCAAAGGUGCGCCCAGUGUGCAAAUGAGUGUGAUUCCACCAGAUAUAUUAGGCUUGAGGGAGGAAAUCGAGAAGGAGCUUGAAGAGGAGAAGUUGUUGGGCGAAGAAGAAAAAGAAGAUCGUGAUGGUGCGGGUGUCAACACGCUGGGGAUUGGAGGGUCAAGACCUAGCAGAAGGAAAGACCAAGAGAAAGGCUUGGGGGUUAGAGGAGAGCUGUACACAUAA